AUGUCUGUCAAUCAUACAAAAACAACUGUUAUCAAAUGUAAAAAAUGUAAUGAAAUAAUAUUACCUGAAGAACAAUAUUUACAUGAUGGUGAAAAUAUAAUACAUAUUCAUUGUUAUACUUGUUCGAAUUGUUAUCAACCACUUGCUGGUAUAUUUUAUUAUCGUUAUAAAUAUUCACGUUAUGAUAAAAAGAAAAAUCUUUAUUGUAAUUCAUGUUAUUAUCGUUUAGCACCUGUUUGUUUUCAAUGUUUAAAAAUAAUUGAUGAUAUUUCAUUAAUUUAUGGUGAACGUAUAUUUCAUCUAAAUUGUUUUUGUUGUAAUCAUUGUCAAAAAAUAUUUAAAGGUUCAUUAGUUUUUCCAUAUGAAAAUCAUAUUUAUUGUUCAAAUUGUUAUAAAAAUAUACAAAAUGAUUUUCAUCCAGCUUUAUUAAAUGUUUUAACAUUACGAUGUUCUAUAUGUAGAAAACAAUUUCAACCAGGUGAUCUUAUUACUAAACAUCAAAUUGAUUUAUCAACAGAUAAAAUUUUAAAUAAUAUUCAUUAUAUACAUAAUUCUUGUUUUGUUUGCAAUAUUUGUCAUCAAAAUUUAUCUAAUUCUAUUUAUUAUUCACCAAAUAGUCAUGAUGAAGAUAUUCAACAUCUUAUAUUUCAAUGUCAAAAAUGUCAUGAAUCAUCAUCAACUAUAUGUUCUAUAUGUUUUAAACCAUCAGAUGAUUUAAUGAUUAUAUUUAAUAAUCGAUGGUAUCAUGAUGAAUGUUUUACAUGUAAGAAUUGUAAUUAUAAAUUGAAGAAUCUUACACGCAUCAUCACUGAAUCAGAUGGAUUACUAUGUGAACGUUGCUUGAAAUUGAUCCGUGAACGACAGCAACAACAACAACAAUAA